AUGGCUUGUUAUAGCCUCUUUUUCUCUUUGAUAUUGCUAUUGGCCGCAGUUUGUUAUGGCCAAGAUGAUUUUGUCUGCUCAAGAGCAACCUAUUACGGCAGCCCCGACUGCCUAGGAACUGCGACCGGAGCUUGUGGUUUUGGUGAAUAUGGAAGGACUUUCUACAAUGGUCAAGUCACUGGAGUGUCCAGGCUUUACAGGCAUGGAAUUGGUUGCGGCGCUUGUUAUCAAGUAAGGUGCAAUAUCCCAACACACUGCAGCGAGGAGGGAACGAAGGUAGUGGUAACGGAUUACGGUGAGGGAGACAGAACAGACUUCAUAUUGAGUACACGUGGCUACGCAAAAUUGGCUCGACCCGACAUGGAAGCAGAACUAUUUGCAUACGGCGUAGUUGACAUCGAAUAUAAAAGAAUUCCAUGUCGUCACGGUCGUAAUCUUUUGCUGAAAGUCCAUGAGAAUAGCAAGUACCCUCUGUACUUGGCCAUAGUACCAUUGUACAAAGGGGGAAUUUAUGAUAUCGUUGCGCUUGAAGUUUGGCAGGAGGAUUACAAGGAAUGGAGGCCAAUGCGCAGGGCAUAUGGAACAGUAUUCGACAUUUCGAACCCACCAAGGGAGCGUCUUAGCUUCAGAAUGCAGAUGGCGAUGGAGGCCAACGAAGAAGCGAAGUGGGUGCAGUUAGCCAGUGCCAUUCCUAGUGAUUGGAAGGCUGGAAUUGAAUAUGACACUGCCUUUCAGCUUAACUAA